AUGGAAACUGAAUUUCCCUACUCAUUAACCCUCUUUCUGCCACUUCCAGAUCACCGCCUCGCUUCAUCUGCCCUCCGUGCACUGGAAGUAGAUGCCGAGCUCUCCCCGUUCGUCAGGCGCACACUCACCCUAGUCACACCUGCAACCGACUCUUCAUCACAGCCAGGGAAACAGGAACAGAACGAAGAAGCGAAAACGGUCCUGGAAGUUGUGUACCGUGCUACCACGAACCGGAUGCUGCGUGUCUCGGUGAACGGGUUUAUGGAGAGUAUGGCCGUUGUCCUUGGUGUGAUGCAGGAAUUGGAUGUGGAUGUUAUAAAAGAGGAGAUGGGCAAAUGAAAUAUUUAGGGGCAGAAGAGCUGGCCAUCCCUGGUUGUUAUCGACAGCACCCAAGGCACGCAAACCGGGUCUGUUCCGUUGUGCUCAUGAAACGGAAUCUGAACCUACUCUGGUGCCGCAUACGCUGUAAAGACUGGGCGACUGAUUCUAUAUCCGUGGGGAUUCGUUGUGACUGGAGAUCCAGGGUAUGAAACGGCAACGAGUGCCGGCAUAUGGACCCUGCAGCUGGCAUCCCUCCGCUGCGACCAUGAGUUCGUCAGGAAGGUGAAAGGAACGCGCCUGGCUGGAGCACAUGAGGUUUACAGCUUAGAUAUGAGUGCGCAGUACACACAGGAUAGCAACUAUUGGAGAGAAGUGGGAAGUUUGCAUAGGUAUACUUCCUAUCUAUGCAUAAAGCUAAGCCACACGGGCAUAUACCUAAUGAAGCAGCGUUCGUCCAGAUGAUCCCUGCAUGGAUUCUAUAGUUACAGUUGACUGGUCUAAUUAAUAAACAUCUUUCCCUCGACACUGCACUAGUAGAUCAGGCCAUGGCUCUAUCUUGCUUCGAAAG